GUUACGGCUAGAGGUUUGACUUUGGGAUAUACGCAAUGGGCAUGGAACACAGAAGGCUUUACGGUUAUCAUUUGUUUGUGUCGAUAUUUGUGCUUCAUAUUCUGAUUCGCGAUGUGUCUUCAAAAGCAAUGAUAUGUAGAAAGGUCCGCGAUUCAUUUCCUUAUGAAGAAACCGCACGUUUUAUCAUGGAAAGGGACGACAAAAAGUGUCCUCCUACAGUAACGCCAAUAAGUAUUUACCAAGUUACGUCAACGUCACAGGAACUGGCGGACACGACAGAUCUAAUGGUAUGCUGGUCCAGAGAUAUUCGACGGUUUGCCUUACAUUUCGACAACUCCGUUCAACUACACGACGUCAUCGAUACCGGUAAUGUGACGUCACGUCGACGUCAUAUGCGAUCAUGCGACCAGGCAAACGACACUCUAUAUUUAGACACCAAGAAGCACGGAACAAAGAUCAAUCAUAUGCUGCUGACAAUACACACAGAAUCACCUGCUAAUAUCAUUGCUUUCUACACCACUAAAAGCAGCAUUUCCAUGAAAACAACCAAACACAUUCUUCGCUUCAAAACCGAGGACAACGAAAGCAACGAAGGCAAGUAA